AAUAUGGAUACAAAAUCCAUACUAGAAGAACUGCUUCUCAAAAAGUCACAGCAAAAGAAGAAAAUGUCACCAAAUAAUUACAAAGAACGGCUUUUUGUUUUGACCAAAACAAACCUCUCCUACUAUGAAUAUGACAAAAUGAAAAGAGGCAGCAGAAAAGGAUCCAUCGAGAUUAAGAAAAUCAGAUGUGUGGAGAAAGUAAAUCUCGAGGAGCAGACUCCCGUGGAGAGACAGUACCCAUUUCAGAUCGUCUAUAAAGAAGGGCUUCUAUACAUCUAUGCAUCGAAUGAAGAGAGCCGAAGUCAGUGGUUGAAAGCAUUACAAAAAGAGAUAAGGGGCAACCCUCAUCUGCUGAUCAAGUACCACAGCGGGUUCUUCGUGGACGGGAAGUUCCUGUGCUGCCAGCAGAGCUGCAAAGCAGCCCCCGGAUGCACCCUCUGGGAAGCAUAUGCUGAUCUGCACAUUGCAACCAAUGAGGAGAAACAUAAACCUCCUAUCUUCCCAGACAGGGUGCUGAAGGUUCCUCGGGCAGUUCCUGUUCUCAAAAUGGAUGCACCAUCUUCCAGUACCACCCUAGUCCAGCGUGACGGCGAUUCACACAAAAACUGCGGCUCCCAGCCAAACGUCAACAUGCGAUACAUUCCAAGGGAAGACUGCCCUGACUGGUGGCAAGUAAGAAAAGUGAAAAGUGAUGAAGAUUCUGCAGGCAGUAACCAACAGGAAAGAAAUUCUGUAAACCAGAGCGCCUCAAAGAUUUCAUGGGGAUUCCCUGAGUCAAGUUCAUCUGAAGAAGAGGAAAACCUGAAUGACUAUGACUGGUUUGCAGGUAACAUCUCCAGGUCACAGUCUGAGCAGUUACUGAGACAAACAGGAAAAGAAGGUGCGUUCAUGGUUAGAAAUUCCAGCCAGGCGGGGAUGUACACAGUGUCCUUAUUCAGUAAGGCUGUCAAAGAUAAAAAAGGGGCCGUCAAACAUUACCAUGUGCACACAAAUGCGGAGAACAAAUUGUACCUGGCAGAAAACUACUGUUUUGAUUCCAUUCCAGCGCUUAUUCACUAUCAUCAACACAAUUCAGCAGGCAUGAUCACCCGGCUCCGCCACCCUGUGUCAACCAAGGCCAACAAGGUCCCUGACUCUGCGUCCUUAGGAAGUGGAAUCUGGGAACUGAAAAGGGAAGAGAUUACCCUGUUGAAGGAACUGGGAAGUGGUCAGUUUGGAGUGGUCCAGCUGGGCAAGUGGAAGGAGAAGUAUGACAUUGCCGUCAAGAUGAUCAAGGAAGGCUCCAUGUCGGAAGAUGAAUUCUUCCAGGAGGCCCAGACCAUGACGAAACUCAGCCAUCCCAAGCUGGUUAAAUUCUAUGGAGUGUGUUCAAAGAGAUAUCCCAUAUAUAUAGUGACUGAAUAUAUAACCAACGGCUGCUUGCUUAAUUACCUGAAGAGCCACGGAAAAGGACUUGAGCCCUGCCAGCUCUUAGAAAUGUGCUAUGACGUUUGUGAAGGCAUGGCCUUCUUGGAGAGCCACCAGUUCAUACACCGAGACCUGGCUGCUCGGAACUGCUUGGUUGACAGCGAUCUCUCUGUGAAAGUAUCUGACUUUGGGAUGACAAGGUAUGUUCUUGAUGACCAGUAUGUCAGUUCAGUAGGGACAAAGUUUCCGGUCAAGUGGUCAGCCCCAGAGGUGUUUCACUACUUCAAAUAUAGCAGCAAGUCUGACGUAUGGGCAUUCGGGAUCCUGAUGUGGGAGGUGUUCAGCCUGGGGAAGCAGCCCUAUGACCUGUACGACAACUCCCAGGUCGUCGUAAAGGUCUCCCAGGGCUACAGGCUCUAUCGGCCCCAGCUGGCAUCGGACACCGUCUACCAAAUCAUGUACAGCUGCUGGCACGAGCUCCCAGAAAAGCGUCCCACGUUUCGGCAACUCCUAUCUUCCAUUGAACCACUUCGGGAAAAAGACAAGCCUUGA